AAUAUUCCCCUCGCGGCGGGCAGGCGGGGUGGCGAGACGAGGCCACCAAUCGCCGCCGCCUCCUGCCCGCUAUGGCCCCAUCUGUCAGAGCCCUCUCCGCGGACCACGCACGCCAACCUCCAGGCCCCUCCUCCCUUCCACUGAAGUGAAGCACGCCGCCUCCUUUCUCUACUCUCGAAGGAGUCCUUCGCUUUGUAGUCUCCGCCGCCCUAGCCAUCGCCCUCCUCGUCCCGUCUUCUGGGCUGGCUCGGGGUGGAGAUCCCACCAGUCCUCGGAUCGGUUCCUCCUUCUGCCGGUACUUUGCACCAAAAUAACAGUGCUAUGUCAAAAACUUCAGAUAGUCAGCUGCAAGCAACAGAGCAGGAAGAAAGUGCCCAGGAAAGUCAACAAGCAGGACAGCAGCGUGUGAAUGUAGCAGAUCAAUUGUCCAAACCAAACUUGGUAACUGAAGAUUCAAAAAAUGAACAAGCUGUCAAAGUAGAACAAGACAAUUACCACCUAAAACAAGAACAGCCAGAAAAUCAACUGCAACAGGCCGAAACAAAUAGCUUCCAGUUAGCUGAAAAAGAAACAGGAUAUUUUGGUCAACAGAAUUUUGCUGGCUCCAAGUUGGACGUAGUUCAGCCCUCGGUGGUUCAACAGCAUGUAAAACAAAUUUCUGGUCAGCAAGCGCCAUCUGGUGCCCAGGAUACAAGGAAAGGGCCAUCUAUACCAUUUAACAUGUUAAUUCCAAUCCUACAGGCACAUCUUGACAGAGACAAAGAUAUGCAGCUUCAAACUGUAUGGGCAAAACUUAGGCGUAAUGAAGUCCAUAAAGAUGAUUUCCUAAGAGUCAUCAGGAAUAUUGUUGGGGAUCAAAUGCUCAAGCAGGCAGCCCAUAAAGUUUUUGUACAGAUGCAAGCCCAGGCACAAAGAAAUAACCAGGCAAAUCCAAGUCAGCAUUCUGUAUUCUCUCAAGUGUCUGCACAUCAGAUUCCUUCCAGUGGUUCAGCACAGUUACAUGAUCAAAAAGUUCACCCACCUGGCCCGCCUAACCAGAGUCAGAAAAGUCAGGUGUCAUCUUCACCUCAGGCCUUUGCAUCAUCAUCAGGCACUCAAGCGCAAAACAGUGUACACUAUCUUGCUCAUGAUAACCCCAACCAAAACCCUGAUGCAAAGGGGACAAAUGCUAGGCCAAAUCAACCACCUGCAAUGAACUCAGCAAUUUCAUUGCAAACAAGGAACAAGCAGCAACAACCCACACAAUUCCAGCAGGCCUCACAGCAAAUAUAUGGAACGAGUAACCCUGGUGCACAGGCUUACCCACGGUCAAUCACUGGUUCAACACCUCUUAGAUCACCAAGUCCAAUAUCGGAAACACAGCCAUCCAUGCAUGCUCAUGGAAUGGCUCCUGCAAAACUUGGCCCCCCUCCCACUCAUCCAAUGAUGCAGCACAAUGCAGUUCCAUGGCAAAUGCAACAAAACAAUGAAUUGAAAACCAAUGCUCUCCCUCCAAGUGUGAAUACAAAACAAAAUUCCGGAUCUGCUGGCAAGGCUCGCUUGGUUGGCACAGGAAAUUCUUCAGCUAAGUUGCUAGGAAAGCAGGGCCCCCCUAACACAUCUACACCACAGGCUAGUGGAGGUGCAAAGACUAACAAGAAAUCCGGUGGACAGAAGAAAUCGUUGGAAGCAGCAGGCUCUACACAGCCACCUUCCAGCAAAAAGCAGAAGACAUCUGGUGCCUUCCAGGAGCAAAGCAUUGAUCAACUUAAUGAUGUCACAGCUGUUAGUGGUGUUAAUCUUAGGGAGGAGGAAGAACAGCUACUGUCUGCCCCAAAGGAAGAGAGCCUUGCCUCGCAAGCAGCACGAAGAAUUGCACAAGAAGAAGAAGAAAAACUCUUUUUACGAAAGGGCCCACUUCUGAAGAAACUAACAGAACUCACUCUCAAAUACGAUCUAAAAAACAUUAGUGGUGAUGUUGAGCAUUGUUUAUCAAUGUGUGUGGAAGAGCGAUUGAGAAGAUUCGUAAGUACUCUCAUAAGAGUUUCUAAACAGAGAAUCGACACUGAAAAGACUGGGCAUCGACUAGUUAUUACUUCAGAUGUUGGUCGUCAAAUUUUGCUGAUGAACCAGGAAGCUAAAGAAGAAUGGGAUAAAAAACAAGCAGAAGAAGCUGACAAGAACAAGAAACAAACUGAGGUUGAUGGCAGUGGUGUUACAGAAUUGGAAAAGGAAAAAGAGGAAAAUCGUGCAAAGAAUGUCAAGCCCAAUAAAGAAGAAGAUGAUAAAAUGAGAACAACUGCUGCAAAUGUUGCUGCCCGACAAGCAGUUGGAGGUAGUGAUAUGCUCUCAAAGUGGCAGCUGAUGGCUGAACAAGCGAGACAGAAACGAGAAGGCCUUGAUGUGGCUGCUGCUUCACAGGCAGGUAGAGGACCAGCGUCAAGGCCAUCACCCAUGCAUGGAAAAGGUCCUGGCGACCACCAGGAAGCUUCAAAGAGGAGCCAUUCGACUGCAUUUGGAACUGGAGGCAUGAAAAGACCUGGCAGGGGUGUUGUCGGUCCGCAACGAACCAUCUCCGUCAAGGAUGUGAUCAGCGUCCUCGAGAGGGAACCUCAGAUGACGAAAUCGCGGCUCAUCUACCGGCUGUACGAGCGGUUGCCUGGAUAUUCUACCGCAGAUUAGGCUGGGAGAGGUCCUGGUACUUCAAUGUGGUGUAUACCUAUGAUAUUUAACAGCUUAGAAGCAUAACCCGCUGCUCCUUCCAUCUGGAGUGGCAGUGUAUAUUGGUUGACAGAUCUGUAACCUAAAGGGGGCGAACCGCCACCACCAAAUAGCUUGUGUAGAAACUGCAAUGCAGGUGGGUAUUCUGCA